AACGCAACACCACUCUGCAGUCUGAACUUCACCAACCUGUCAAACUACACGUGUCGCCACGAAUACCUGUGAGCCCAUCCCUGGUUAAGGUUAGUGAACCAGAGUUUACGACAUUGGUGGUUAGCAUGAGCCCAAGUAUGUUUAUCACCACCAACCCCAGCCCAACUUGGUUUUUAUGUUGGUUCAAAAGACAACCUUUCUUAAUGUUAUGUGGAAGAAGCUUGCUGCUGCUUCCCUUGUUUUGUCUCUACAAGCUGGAAAUUAACUCUUUCCUGAAUUUUAGAAGAGAAUCAAAGUGGUUUGUGGAAAAAAAAAAAGGAAAAAAAAAAAGAUGGGACUGUCCAACUUCCCUAGUGCAGCAGAAGGGGUACUUCCAGUGCUAGUAAUGAACACUGUUCUGUCAGUGGCUUUUUUGAAAAACAUGGUGAGAUCUUUACUCGAAGUGGUGGGUGCAACUGGGAGUAGUAGUACUUCUUCGAACUUAGAUAUUGAGGACUCAGAUGGGUACCUAGAAGAGAUUAUGAAUGCAAGGGAGAGAAGGAUAUCAAUAACUCAGUUCAAGUCCUUGUGCCAGGACAGGUCCUCAUUAUCCUCAUCAUCAUCAUCAUCAUGCGACGGUUCAGCUAUUGCAGGUAUAAGCGAUUGUUGCAGUAGCAGCAGCAGUGGGGAUGGGAGUGGAUGGGCUAACACAGUGGAGUGUUGUGUGUGUUUAUGUGGGUUUGAAGUAGAUGAGGAGGUGAGUGAGUUGUCUUGCAAGCAUUUCUUCCACAAAGGUUGCUUAGAAAAAUGGUUUGGUAACAAGCAUAGUACAUGCCCUCUCUGUCGAUCUAUUCACUAGAAAAUCAGAGGAAUACUUGUUUUUCUCAAUUAUAUCCGUUGUACUCAUUUUUUUAUUUUCUUUUUUCUCCCUUCUUGGUUCAUUUUUGAGCAAAAAAUUAGACUAGCUAGGGUAAGGUCUGUCUUUUUCUCUCCUGUGUGUGUUACAGUGUUUACAUGUACCACAAACAGUAUAAGAAUAAGGGAUUGAAGAGUUUUUGAACUCCUA